CGACGCGGGAAGCGCGAGGCCUGACGGCUAAGGAACGCGCCCCCAUGUGUACCGCCUUGGAAUGAUCCCUUCUAGCUGCCGUAGGCCGUAACUGUCCUUGGCUUCCGGAAGCCGCGGCGGCCAGUUGCUCCCUGGCCCUUUGCGGAGCGGACCGGAAGGGAAGAAGGUGGCGAGUGGGCUGGAGCAGGAUGGCUGGGCACAGACUGGUGUUAGUAUUAGGAGACCUUCACAUCCCACAUCGAUGCAACAACCUCCCAGCUAAAUUCAAAAAACUGCUGGUCCCAGGAAAGAUCCAGCACAUCCUCUGCACCGGAAACCUCUGCACCAAGGAGAGCUAUGACUACCUCAAGACUCUUGCUGGGGAUGUUCAUAUUGUAAGAGGAGACUUUGAUGAGAACCUGAAUUAUCCAGAACAGAAAGUUGUAACCGUUGGGCAAUUCAAAAUUGGGCUGAUCCAUGGCCAUCAAGUUAUACCGUGGGGAGAUAUGGCCAGCCUGGCACUGCUACAAAGGCAGUUUGAUGUGGACAUUUUAAUUUCAGGGCAUACACACAAAUUUGAGGCGUUUGAGCAUGAAAACAAAUUCUACAUCAACCCCGGGUCAGCCACAGGAGCUUAUAGUGCCUUGGAGAACAACAUCAUUCCUUCAUUUGUGCUGAUGGAUAUCCAAGCUUCCACAGUAGUUACUUAUGUGUAUCAACUAAUUGGAGAUGAUGUGAAAGUAGAAAGAAUUGAGUACAAAAAACCCUAAAAUGAAUCUUCUGGUGCUCUUUACCAUCUCAUUCCCUCUUGUUCUAGUCAAGUAACUAAGCAUUCAAGAACCACAAAUUGUCUGCAAUAUUUGAUUGUUUGCAGUAUUAAACACUUUCUAACUGCUUGUAGCCUAUAGCAAUAUAACUGGUUUAUAAUACAUAGCUUCCAAACAAUGGCACACUCUUGUUUUCUAUGUAUGGUUCAGCUUGUAAAAUAUCCUGUUAUGGUGCAAAAUGCCAUAGGUGUACAAUGAGUCUUGUUAAAUAACUACCUUUUAAAUGUUGUAAUAAACUUGUUUUUCAAU